AUGGGUAUGUUCACCAUCGCAGUCACACCCAAACCUGCAGCUGGGGAGAGACAGACCCAGUUGGACCACACCCCGCUCCAGGACCAGCUCAACUUCAACCCACUAGGGUACCAAACCCUGUUCAGGUGAUUAAUGUUAGGGAUAUAACGGACAGCGACCAAUUGGGGACAGAAACUGGCUAUGAAGGGAAAGAAAAUAUGUGGUUGGCAUACAUGAGGUAUACGGCUAGGACACUGGCCAGGCAGAAUUGUGUUAUCUGUGGGCAUGCAAGACCUGGGUUGGCAACCCACCCAUUCGCUUUAGGAGAAGGGGAAGGAUGGCAGUGCAUAUUGGAAGAGUUCUACCAUUCACUGCCAAACACCACCCUGUGCAAAGCCCUAAGUUUGAUUUUCCCUGAGGUUCCCCCACAAAAGGCACCUGAGGGAGUUCAGGCUUAUGGAGGUAAUUACAGUUGCAUUACUGGAACAGGUAAGGGUGUUAACUAUGGUAGGCUACCACCCGGGGAUUGUGCUGUGAAUGUAACCAUGAACAGCACUUGGCCAAUAGAGGGUAAAACCCAGACAAAAGGGGUGGCUGAUGUGUGGUGGAUCUGUGGACCAAAUAGAAAACUAACCCCGAUUCUAAAGGGGGACUGGCAGGGCACGUGUGCAUUAGCUAGUUUAAUUAUACCACUGACCAUUAUUGAUGUUUCCUCAGACCAACUUUUGGGGAUUGCCCAGCUAACCCCAGACAGAGAGAGAAUGAGGCGGGGGAGACGUAGUGCCCCAUGGUCAACAGAAGAGGAGAUCCACUCUAACCUGUUGGGGGUGCCU